AUGACUUUUGAGGAUAGAAAGUUGAUCUCUGAGGAGCUGAAGGAGAAGCUGAAGGAGGCAUUGAAAGAUGACAAUAGCUUUCCGAUUGGAUUGUAUGGGCUAGGCGGAACAGGGAAAACCACAAUGGCAAUAGAAGUAGGUAAAGAUGUCGAGGAAUCAAAGUUGUUUGAUAAAGUCAUCUUGAGUGUUGUCUCAAAGGAUGCAAACUUGAAAAAUAUUCGGGUCAACAUUGCAAAACACUUAGAUCUGCCUUUAACUGAAGGAAUGGAUGAAUUUGAACAAGCACAAAUAUUAUGGAAAACAAUAGAAGAAGGUGGAAAAAAGGUACUUAUAAUAUUAGAUGACAUGUGGGAAAAGCUUACACUGCGAGAUAUAGGGAUUCCUCUUGGCCGUCAUGGCAAGGGUUGUUGUGCUGUUUUGCUGACCACACGUGAUCGAAGAGUUUGUAUAGAUAUGGACUGCAAUGAGCCUAGUCAACUUGAGGUCCUAAAAGAAAAGGACGCCGUUGAUCUUUUCCUAUCUUAUGCUGGCAUGAGCAUAGAUGGUCCUUCCAAUGAUUUUAAGGAUGUGGCUAGAGAUAUUGUGAAGGAGUGUGGAAGUUUACCAACUGCAAUUGUAGCAGUGGCAAGUUCACUAAAGUCUAGGCCUUUACCAGAAUGGCGGGAUAGUUUGAAAAGAUUGCAGAAUCAUGAGGGAAUUCACGAUGUUGACGAAGAGUUAAAACAGGCUUAUAACUCUUUGAGAUUAAGCUAUGAUUAUCUCAGGAAUGAAAAGGCCAAACAACUCUUUCUCCUGUGCUCUCUCUUCCUUGAAGAUUAUGAAAUACCUAUAGAACUUUUAACUAGAAUUGCUAUAGGUCUUGGGCUUUGUGGAGAAGCUAACAAAUACUCUGUUGCAAGAAGUCAUUUUACUCCAAUUAAAAAUGUGCUCAUAGAUUCUUGUUUAUUAUUAAAGGCUGAGAAUGAGUGUGUCAAAAUGCACGACUUGGUUCGAGAGGUAGCUCUAUGGAUUGGAAACAAACAAGUUCAAGUGGGUUAUAAUUCUAACUCAGCUUUAAUGGAAAACAUCCAAUAUUCAUCUUGGAACACAGUUGACUUUCCGAAUCAUUUUGAUGGCAAAAAACUUGAGGUUCUUUUACUUUGGAUAAAUGAUGCAAAUUCUGCUAGGGUCAAAGUUCCCGAUGCUCCCUUUGAAGGGAUGGAGAACCUUAAAAUUUUGGCUUUAAUGAGUUCGUCAGAUUUGGAAACUUCAGCUGCUUCCUUAUUUCAAUCACUUUUGUCAUUGACAAAUGUUCGAACUUUGGCUAUAAAGAAUUUUAAGUCAUUAGGAGAUAUAUCUAUUUUGGUAAAUCUAAAAAACCUUGAAAGCCUUGAAUUGAACAAUUGUUCAAUUACUGAAUUGCCAAAUAAAAUUAAAGAACUCGAAAGAUUGAGAUUGUUAGAGAUGGUAGACUGUUCUAUUACUGAAAGAAGUAAUCCUUUUGAAGUGAUUGGAAAUUGCUCAGAGCUAGAGGAGUUGUAUUAUGUGUCAAAUCAUGUGGCCGGUUAUUGCGGGCAAAUCACCACACUUCCUACAUUGCAAAAGUAUCAUAUAAGGGGUUGGCAUGAUUUUGAUUUUUAUGAAGUGGAUUUUUCAUUAUCUAGAUAUUUUGAUUCACGGGACUUAAGAGUAGACUUCUCCAAGGAAAUAUUUAAACUCCUGGUAGCGGGAGCAGAAAUUUUGAUGUUAGGAGAAGAUUACUACAAUAGAGGAUGGACAAAUAUUGUUCCUGACAUAUUAUCUGUGGAAGAUGACAACAUGAAAGAUCAGUUAGCUAGGCUCUCUUUGCAUUCUAUGAAUGAGAUAAAGUGCCUAAUCCAUACCGAGAAUCUCCGACCUGAUGUGGCUAUCUUCUCCAAGUUGGUUGAACUGACGCUUUAUUCUGUGGAUUUGAGAGAACUAUGCCAUGGGCCUUAUCCUGUUGAUUUUUUGAAGCAAUUGAAGGAGCUCCAGUUAUCUGGAUGUGAACAAUUGGAAGGCACGUUAUUUGAUGAAAAGCUAGAGCUGUGUAAUCUUAGGUCCAUAUAUUUAUAUGAUUGUUCAAUGACAUGCCUUUUUCAUGCAUCCACGGCACAGAGUCUAAAGCAGUUGGAAAAACUGGAUAUUAAGUCAUGUUUGAAGUUGAAGUACAUAGUAGCAGAGACUAUGGAUGAUCAGGAUCCUAAUCAAAAGAGUCAUGACUCAAUGUUGCCAAAAUUGAAGGAUCUGACGAUCAACGGCUGUGCUGAAUUAGAAUUUAUAUUGCCAAUAUGUUUUUGUGAAGACCUUCCACUACUAGAAAGUAUGCAGAUUGACGAUUGUGAGAAACUAAAAUACGUAUUUGGGCAAUAUCCGGACCACAAAGAUUUGCACCAAAUGGGGAAAGGAGCCAUCCUCCAGUUGCUAGAAGUAUUGGAAAUUGAAGGGGUACCGAAUUUCAUCAAUAUAUAUGCAGAAUGUUAUCUCCCACGGCCUUAUUCUGAUGAAGUUCAAAAGUCAUCUCCAAGUGCAAAAGUAGACAGCAGUAGCAGUCUAUCAAGGGGUCAUCUAUGUUGUUUUUGGGCAAAAUCAAAAGCCUCAAUUAUACGUCACACUUCUGCUCCCAUGGACACUCAAUCAAACCAUAAUCAGGCAUUAAAGGUGAAUUAUGUUGUCAACAGAGCUCAUGGUCUUUUCAUGCCACCAUUAUACCCAUGUAGAAGUUUGAGAAGGAUACGGAUAUUUGAAUUUUCUGAGUUAAAGUCACUCUUUACGCCAUCCAUUGCCUCAUCAUUGAAAUCGCUGGAAUCAUUGGCAGUUGGAGAUUGCGAUGCACUAGAGCACAUAGUAACAGAUGAGGAGCAUGGUCAUGAUCGUGGGAAUGUUAACUCUAUUUUCCCAAACUUACGAGAGGUUGAAGUCUAUGGCUGUAGCCACUUGGAAUACAUAUUCCCAGCUUUUUAUUCAAAAGACUUGAAGCAUUUAGAAUCUGUGGAGAUCACCGGGGCUGGAAUGUUGACACAUGUCUUUGGGAAAUGCCGUGCUGAUGAGAAUCUUAAUGUUCAGGUUGAUAUUAAUCUCCCAGCUCUGAAAAGGCUAGACCUUGAUGAUUUACCAAAUAUGGCAUUACCUCUUGAGAAGAAAGGUAAACCACCUUCCAACACGCAAGAAUUGCCCAAGUUGGAGGAUAUUGGUGUGGAACCUAUUAUUUACAUGAGCUUUCAAAAUCUUUCCGAGCUAACAAUCCAGGGAUGCAAGCAUUUGAAAUUUAUCUUUUGCGCAUCUACCUCAAGAUGGCUGCAAAAACUGAAAAGGUUAUGGGUAUCUCAGUGUGAAGAGCUAGUGAGCAUUAUGGAGGAUGAAGAGAAUCACAAAAAUCCUAUGACUCUGCAUCAAGUAUGUUUCCCAGAGCUACGCGUAAUAACAGUGAAGCGUUGCAAAAGUUUGAAAUGCUUGUUCCCUACGUCAUGUGGUAAGCUUCCACGACUCUGGCAUGUGGAUAUAGAAGAUGCCCCUCAGCUUGGGCAAGUGUUUGGAUGGAAGCAGGGAGAGGGACAGAAGCUGGUCUUGGAGGAUGUGCUUCCAAAACUAAUUGCAAUAAGACUAGUAAACCUGCCAGCUCUUCAUACUAUCUGUCAAGGCAUUGAUUUUCAGACUGUUAAAAUCCGUCAUGUGCGUCACUGUCCUGCUAUUUCUUUAGCUUCAGCUUAUUAUGGUACCUUCGAAGAAAUGGAUGAAUUACUAUCUCAAACACUGUCUAAUGAAGACUACUAUGACUACGAGGACGAUAGUGCUUUCUGGGGUUUUGCGGAGGAACGGGAAUCCGAGCGGGCAGAGGCAUCCGAGGUUAUUGAAGGAGACUCCAUAGUUUCACCAAAAUCGCCAGAGAUCAGAGGAGAGGGAUCAUCACAAGAAGACAUAAAAAAAGACUCAACAAUACCCCAACAGAAUAAUGGCUCACCAAAUUUUGAAAAUAAUCUCAAAGCAACUUUUGGAGAAGGUCCUUCAUUUGAGAAGUAUGACAAAGAAAGUUCAUCAGCUUAUUCAAAACCGAAAACUGAAGAACCUUACACAUUAACUCCUUCUGAAGAGUUAUGUGGAAAGGAACCAACGGCUGAUGAACAAGCACUUGGAGAAAAUAAAAUCUUUAAUGAAGCACCUCAAAGAGUUGAAGAACCUAUCAAAGAAUUUUCCACCAAAGAAACAUCAAAUGAAAUGAUCUCUUCAAUCUCAUCUCCCAAAAAGCCUCCAAUAGCAACCUCAGCAUCUCACGCGGAAAUGGAGUCAGGGAUCUCUGCUAUUACCGAUGACAUUGCACAAGAUAAAACCAUGAACCAACCAGAGACCUCCGCUGAGAAACAAAUUAAGUUUGACCAAGGAAACCAGCAGCAAUUUGCUGAAGAUGAUCUGAUGAGAUUGUUCCGAAUAAUGGAGGAAGGUGCUGAAAUGGAAGCUCACAUACCUGAUGUAUCCAAAAUUGCAGCUCUUCAAGAUGAUAAGGAGUUGAAGAAGGCUCUCACUGACUUGGAAGCCCCAUUGAAGAUGAGUCUGAGUGAAAUAACUUGCUCUGAAGAAAGCAAACUUCGCCUUGAGAAUGCUCUAAACAUCUUAUCCUCCCAUUAUUCUGAAGAAGGAGCUCCCUCUCAUGGCCUCCAAGCUACAAUUCACUCUCUGCAACAAGAAAUCCAAACUGUUCUAUCUUCUUCCAAGCAAGCCUAUGCCUCCAUUGACACAUUCAACGAGCUUGAACGAAAAGAGAAGCUUAUCACUGAAGAAGGUUCAAAGAGAAAGGAAGCAGCGAUAGCUUUUCUGUCUAAAAUUCACAAUAAAGAGAGUUCUUUGACCGAGGCUCAGCAAAAGAAAGCAGAGUUGAAGGAGAAAAUCUCUAAGAUUCAGGUUGAAUUAUAUAACAAGGAAAAAGAAAUUCAAGAGUACGAGAUGGAACUGUUAUCUCUAAAAGAACAAAAGAAGAAGAGUGUUUUUGAGACAAUAGGGUUGAUGAACGAGUUCGAGGCAGUAAAGAAAAAAAGGAAAGGCAAAACAAAAAAGGCUUUUAUAUCAAAGGCAUUGCAGCUUAAACGCAUAGAAUUCUCUGAGCCUUUAAAGGACUUGAGUAAGGAGAUAUAUGUUCGACCUGACGUGGCUAUCUUCUCCAAGUUGGUUGAACUAGAGCUCUUUUCCAUGGGUGGUAGAGAACUAUGUCAUGGUUCUUAUGCUGGUGAUUUUUUUAAGCAACAAGAGGAGCUGCAGUUAUCCAAAUGUGAAAAACUGGAAAGCACGUUAUUUGAUGGCAAGAUGGAGCUUUAUAAUCUUAAGCGCAUAGAUUUAUGUGGAUGUUCAAUGACAAGCCUUUUUCAUCCAUCCACAGCACAGAGUCUAAAGCAAUUAGAAGCAUUGCAAAUUAGAAGUUGUUUUGAGUUGAAAUACAUCGUAGCAGAGACCAUGGAUGAUCAUGAUCCUAAUCACAAGAAUCAUGACUCAGUGUUCCCCAAAUUGAAAGAUCUCUUACUCACAGUAUGUCCUGAAUUAGAAUUUAUAAUGCCAAUACGUUUUUGUAAAGACCUUCCACUAUUGGAACGUAUGCAUAUUUAUUAUUGUCGGAAGCUAAAAUACAUAUUUGGGCAACAAUAUCCGAAGGAGACAGAUUUAAAUUUGGACCAAAAGGGAAAAGGAAACAUCCUUCAAUUGCUAGAAGAAGUGUGCAUUUGGGGAGCACCAAAUUUCAUCAACAUAUAUGCAGAAUAUGAAGUACAAAAGUCUUCUCCAAUUACAAAAGUGGAAGUUGGCACUAGCAGCUUAUCAAAGAAUCUUUUGCAUUGUUUUUGGCCAAAAUCAAAUGCCUCUACCAAACAUCAUCUUUCUGCUUCCAUGACCACCCAACUGAAUCAUAAACAGAGCUCAUGGACUUUUUACACCACCAUUAUACCCAUUCACAAGUUUGAGAAGGAUGGAGAUAUUUGGAUUGUGUGGGUUAAAGUCACUGUUUACCCAAUCUAUUGUCUCAUCACUGAAAUUGCUGGAAUUAUUGCAAGUCAAAAAUUGCAAUACAUUAAAGCACAUAGUAACAAAUGA